GAAAAUCCACGGGCAGAUCUGCAGCAAUUGAAAGAAAAAGACAGUCCACACAGAGACAGGGCGAUAUUAAGAAUAUCGUUUUCGAUACCCCUUUGCAUCUUAGCAAUUCUUAGGCGAACUUCGUUCGUACCAUCAUAUCUCCAUCUCUGUAUCUCAGCCCAUGCUAUAUAUAUAAAUACAUAAUAUAUAUAUAUAUAGAGAGAGAGAGAGAGACAGAGCGGGAGAGAAGAGAUUGAAUGGUGUGUGGAUAAGGGAAGAAGAAGAUGUUGGAAUUGAGAGUGGAAGGGGGUUGCUAUCCCGAGGCUUUACUGGGAGUGAAUGUGGGUCUUGCUUUUGUGGAUGCUGCAAUUGCUGUUUUUGCCCUCGCUCAGUUACUGAGAAUUCAUUCUAGAAAUGCACACGUUGGAUGGACUCGUCAAAAAGUAUUUCAUCUAAUGAUUGGGCUGUCAAAUUUGGGUUAUUUUUUUUACUUUGUGUUAACCCCCGUUGCUGCAUGUCAUGAUUGGGUUUGUUGGUCACAAUCCUGUGGUUUUAUUGUCAUGGCUUUCCCCAAAAUUCUCUUUCUUGCCGCAUACCUUCUCCUUCUUUCAUUCUGGGUCGACCUUUGUCAUCAGUCAAAUGAUGAAGAAGAUGAUGAUGAAGGAUAUAAUCCUCGGGAAGCUCUGCUGGAUAAGACAAAACCAUGUUCUGAUGUUGAUAACCACAGGAAGUGUUGCUCAUUCCGUGCAUAUCAUGUUGGAAGCCGCCAGAAAGUUGUGAUACUGGUGACAUUUUUAGUUUUUGUAUUAAUGCUGGCAGCUUCUGUGCUAAUGUGGAUUGGGAGAGGGGAAAAUCCUAUUGAUUCAUCUGUUGUGGCACGGGUAUACGUAGAUCUCUUUUCCAUUUCAGUUCUUCUGUUGGGAGCAGCAUUGGCAUGCUAUGGGCUUGUAUUGUUUCUGAGAAUGAGAAAAGUCAGAUCUGAAAGGGCCUCAUCAGAAAUGCGGAAGGUUGCGGGGUUAGCCAGUGUUUCCAUUGUUUGUUUCACUUCAAGUGCUCUUAUUGCUAUUUUUACAGAUAUACCACUGCUUUAUCACUGGGAUGGACAACAGAUAAAUAGUUUUAGUACAUCACUCCUCUUGGUUUUGUAUUAUUUUAUAGGUUCUUCAGUACCGUCAGCAUUUGUAUUAUGGGUGAUGAGAGAACUACCUCCUCUUCUUGUAACUCAAAGUCAACAAGAGUCGAGGACAAUAGCAUUCAUUAGUGAUAGCUCGGUGACAGUACAUCCUCAGAGGUGGACUACUGUUGCAAGCAUGCAAAAUCAGGCGUCAAGAGCAAGCCCUAUAUGAUCAUGUGUUGUAGAUGAGUGGUGAUUUUGGACUCCAGUGUCGAGUCACUUUCUGAAUACUGUCAGUACCGGUGCCAAUGUGAAAAACACUAUCGAGGAAAUGAAGAGAAACACGUACGUUUGGUGGCAUCACUCUACGAGGAUGAGCUCGGGGUACAUCUAUCUGGAAGGCUGUUGCAGCAUAGCUCUUGACAAAUUAGGAUCUUGUACAUAGCAACGCUACACAAAACUUCUAUCUGUUGAGUUGGUUUCUGUUAACAUACAAGGCAUUUAGAUCUUCAAGCAUCUUAGUUCUUAUGCCCUGUACUCAUUUUCUGAAAUCUAAGCUAUUAGUUUCACUGGCUAAUAAUUGCUAUUCUUGUUUAUCUGUAAA